AUGCCCUCACGCAAACGGCCCAUCCAGGCCGUAGAUGAUGGUCCCAGCGCGACCAGUCGCGAUGCAGGUUCAACCAUCUUAAAUCGCAUCCGGAACAUGUGGCAAUUCGCAAACUUUUGCCAGUGGAUCUACAUCUUCGGCAAGUCGGCCAGGAUUGACGAAUCCAUCGACAUCGAGGAAAUCGAGGCCGAGUGCUUGAAGCCGGACUCGACCCUUUUGGCGGACCUCGCACUCGCCAUUCUCAAGCUCGUUUCAUCACAUCGAGGUCUCACCCAUGAUGUAUUCGAUGACCAACUACGCAAGCAGUACCUGACGAGGGGACGCAAAAGCAACCCCCUCGGCGACGCUGAUGCACCUCGCAAGUUUGCCGACUUGGAUCUGAUUGCAAAGAUCAAAGUGCUUCAACAGCUGACGCAAUGGACCAUGGUGCAUCCCGAGCGGAUUCGCGAUAGAAUGGAAGAGCAAAAAGACGUCGAGCAAACAAGCUGGCGAAUCGAGCCGUAUGGCUGGGACCGAGAGGAUCGCACCUAUUACGUUCUAGACGAUAACCGAGUCUAUCGCCUGACCGAAGUCCCUCCUGCACAAGCUCCGCCAAAGCCGAAGAGCAAAUAUAUGCGGUCUGGGCGACGAUCUAGUAAGAGGCGACGCCCCACGCCCUCGAAGAACGAUCCGGCGACCAGCUUGCCCGGUGAACAAAACGACAAUGAGUCUACUGACGAUGGGCUGGGCGGAAGAGCUUGGGAAUGUGUUGCAGUAACGCUGCAAGAAGUGCAAGAGCUGGUGAUGAGCCUGGGCAAGACACGGGACGAGAAUGAAAAGAUGUUGCGACGGCAGAUGGAGACCCACCUCAUCCCCAUCCUCGAGAAGCAAGAAGAAAGACAAAAGCAAAAGCAGCUUCAAAGAGAACGGGAACUGCUCAGCCUGGCCAAGAUGGCCAGCGCCAAGAGGUCCAGCCGCAUCGCCGGCAAGGUCGAGAGGCAAAAGCAAGAGGACAAGGCUAAGGUGGAGGAGGAGCAGCUAAGGGCAGCCGAAGUGUCGAAGCGCCGUGAGGAGCAGGGGCGUCUCAAGAUGGAACAGGAGCGAGAUUUCAGGACGUUUUCUCGUCAGCGCCGCUUGCAAGAGCGAGAGGCGCGCCGACUGCAACACGAAGAUGAGCUAGCGCAGUUGUCCGAAGACAGUAGAGCCGCAUCGGCUAGCGCGGGACGGAUUUCAGAACGGCGUCGUCAAGCAGAGAUCGAGAGGAACCGGCAAGCACUCAAGGAACUCUCGCAGGAGGAGGAAGAAUGGGUGUUUGAUUGCGCCUGUGGCGAAGAAGAGGCAGAUCGCCAAGAGUUCCACUUCGUUUGCGAGCCCUGCCGGCGCCGGAAUGAAAGCAAACCCUCGAAGGAGUCCAUCGAGUUGAAGCUCGACACGAUCACCUGCUCGACCGUCGACCCCCAGGCAACCGAGCAGUCUGACGCGGGACAAAGCACGACGCCGGCCAUGGCUGGUGACGGCCCCUCAAAGCAACGAAAGGAAGCGCCUCUCUCCAAGGGCGCAGCCUCUUUGUCCGCGGACACGCCUUUAUACUCAGCCCUGGAGAGUGAACAAAACGCCCAACCAUUCUCAACUGCCCCUCCACAGUCCUUGACCAACAGGUCCGGGGACCGGCCUGACAUGCCGCCCCAAGGGCUUCCCGAAGUCUAG